AUGGAAGCAACGUGCAGAGAAGCAUCUGAGGAAGAGGGAUUUGCGAGAACAGCGAAAACAUCAGUCUGGUGGGACAUUGAGAACUGCGGUGUCCCAAAAGGUUGUGAUGGCCAUAAGAUUGCUCUCAACAUUAAAUCAGCUUUGGGGAAAAUGAAGUAUUGUGGUCCGCUCGCCAUUUAUGCUUAUGGUGACAUUAAUCAAAUGCGUUCAUCUGUACAACAAGCUCUCUCCUCCACCGGCGUAUCACUCAACCACGUCCCUCCCGGAGUUAAAGACGGGAGCGACAAGAAGAUCCUUGUAGAUAUGUUGUUGUGGACAAUGGAAAACCGAGCUCCUGCUAAUGUGAUGCUGAUCUCUGGUGAUGGAGAUUACUCAUAUGUUCUUCACCGAUUGAGGAUGAUGGGGUACAACGUUCUUUUAGUGCGACCUGAGAGUGCAUCUCGCUUUUUAGUUGCUGCAGCAGAUAGAAUAUGGUUAUGGAGGAGCGUAGUUGCUGGUGGCUCUGGCUCCGAGGUCAGCAAGGGUGUGAACUCAGGCCUUGGUCGUUGA